AUGGUCAUCAUGGCCGCAGAGCUGACAUCAACCAAGCUCAACCCGGAGAGUCACAUCAUUCUGGACCAACCGCUUCUCCGACUUCCACACGAACUAGCCCGCAGAAAUUUUAAGACUGUUCAACGAGCCGUCGAACGCGAGAAGGAAUAUGUUCUCCCUACACUCCGAGACACGGCCAACGCCUCACUCUCCAACACACAAACCCCCGAUCAGACACUUGCCGCUCUCGACGCGAUGAUAUCCCGAAUGCAAGGUCUCAAGAGGAAGAUGGAAGGGUUACAAGAAGAAGAGAAGAGAAUCCACAACCAGUCCCGCAAGCGCAUUCAACACCUGGAGGCGCUGCACAAGAUCCCCAAUCUAGCUGAUGUCAAAUACGACCAGUGGGCAAGAGUACGACUGGAUCGACUACUUGUAGACCAUAUGUUGCGAUCGGGGUACUCGGAAAGUGCAAAGCAAUUAGCCCAAGAGCGGGGAGUGGAGGAUCUUGUGGAUCUUGGUGUCUUUACGCAGUGCCAACGAAUUGUCGAAAGCCUGCGACGAGGAGAGACGAAGGAAGCACUGCAGUGGUGUGGUGAGAAUAAAGCGGCACUAAAGAAGAGCCAGCACAACCUCGAAUUUGAGCUCCGACUGCAGCAAUUCAUCGAGAUGGUCCGGACGCAGGAUAAAACCAAGAAGAUUGAAGCAAUUGCUCAUGCUAAGAAAUAUCUCAUAUUGAAUCACCAAGCUCAGAAUCCAGAGAUUAGACGUGCUGCUGGUUUGCUUGUCUUCAAGCAAGACACACGAGUUGAGCCUUACAAGUCGCUUUUUUCACUGGGCCGCUGGAAAGAGUUAUCAGAUCUCUUUGUACAGACUCACCAUGAGUUACUUUCAUUACCGUCACAGCCGCUGCUGCAUAUUGCACUUUCAGCCGGACUUUCGGCCCUCAAAACACCUCUUUGUCACUCCGCAUACACAUCAUCCAGCUCUAACUCACAGUCAACCUCAACGUCAGUCUGCCCGAUCUGCUCGACCGAACUGAACGAGCUUGCCCGCACCAUGCCAUACGCUCAUCACUCCAAGAGCUACGUGGAGAGUGACCCUAUCGUCCUACCUAAUGGCCGUGUUUACGGACAACAGCGGUUAAUCGAAAUCAGCACCAAGCUGGGAUCCGUGGAAGCGGGCAAGGUCAAGGACCCAACGACGGGCGAGGUCUUUGACGAGAGCGAAAUGAAGAAAGUGUAUAUAAUGUAG